AUGAGAGGCCAGCCGCCCAUCCCAAAGGUCGCAUCCGCCCUGCCCGCUCCGGCCUGCUCGGGUCACUGGGCCACUGGCGAACGCAGCAUGUCACCAAACAAGGUGCCCAAAAAGGCAGGACGGAGGAGAAGUAGACCCACUGUUACCGCUGACGCUUCCGAUAUCUUCGGCCCCGGCGCCGAGGUUGUAGGAAGCAUCCGGGCCGUCUUCGGUCCCCUUAUCUCCGACAUCUUCUCCGUCCCUUUGAUUCUGCCAGAGGUACCGACUUGGUAUGCUUUCAGUAUACCCGUGAACACUAAGUUGGAGGGAGGAGCGCGUAGCCCCGCCACCGUCCUUGGUUUAUGGGAAAACGUAAUGAAGUCCAGCAACCCACGUACUGAAAGUAACCUGGAACAUGGAAACGAGAGUGCCGGUGGAGGUUUGACUUCUCCAGGUUGA